AUGCAUUUUGAAGAACGUCCGGCUUGUCUUCGUAAUUUUGCUCAUGAAGUUCUUUAUGUAAGUGUUAUAUCUUGUGCUCAAUUACUUUGUCAAGCAGCAUUAGGCAAUGUUCUCGUUCCAUUACUUAUUAUUGGUCCAUCUGUUGGUAUCAAUGAUCCUUCUAAAUUACCUUGGACAUUAGCUGCUUAUUCAUUAACUGUUGGAAUUUUUAUUAUGGUAACAGGACGAUUAGGUGAUGUUUAUGGUCAUAAAUUAUUAUUAAUAAUUGGAUUUGGAAUAUUUUCAAUAUUUAGUAUUUUAACUGGUAUGGGUGUAUAUGUUAAAAAUGAUAUUUAUUUUGAUAUAAUGAGAGCUUGUCAAGGAAUUGGUCCUGCAACACUUUUACCUAAUGCAGUUGCUCUUCUUGCAAGAACAUAUCCAAAUGGUAAUAGAAAAUCAUUUGUUUUUGCAAUGUUUGGAGCAACAGCACCUAGUGGAUUUGUUGUAGGUGCUGUAUUUGGAAGUAUAUUUGCUCAAUUAUCUUGGUGGCCUUGGGGACAAUGGGCAUUAGCUAUUUUUUGUGCAUUUCUUGCUAUUCUAGCUUAUUUUGUUAUUCCAAUUGAAGUAUCAUCAUCUGUUCAUCCAACAGGAAAAAUUGAUAUACCAGGUGUUAUUGUUGGAUUAUCAGGUCUUGUUCUUUUUAUAUAUUGUUGGAAUGAAGGACCUGUUGUAGGUUGGGAUAAACCAUAUGUUUAUGUUUUACUAAUUAUUAGUGUUGCAUUAAUUGUUAUAUUUCUUCUAAUUGAAUGGAAAGCAAAAGAACCAAUUAUGCCAUUAUCUAUAUGGACAGUGAAAGGUUUUCCUGGUGUUCUUGCAUGUAUUGCUUUGGGUUGGUCAAGUUUUGGUAUAUUUAUUUAUUAUAUGAUUGAAUUUAUUGAAGUAAUUCGUGGUGCAUCACCAUUAUUAACAACAGCAAUGGUCUCGCCAGUCAUUUUUUCUGGUCUUGCAGCAACAUUAACUGUUUCUCAAUUAUAUCAUCGUGUACCUGGUCAUUUUCUUUUAACGGCAGCUAUGUUUUUUUUCUGUUUAGCAAAUAUUCUUAUUGCAACAAUGCCUCCUCAUCAAACAUAUUGGGCUCAAGUAUUUGUAGCAACAUUAAUAGCUCCAUUUGGAAUGGAUAUUAGUUUUCCUGCUGCAUCACUUAUUGUUAGUAAUUCUAUGCCAAUGAAUCAACAAGGUGUAGCUGCAAGUAUGGUUAAUACGGCUAUUAAUUGGUCUAUUUCUCUUGGUUUGGGUAUUGCUGGAACAGUUGAAAGUGAAUUAUUAAAAAGAGGAAAAACUACAUUAGAAGGAUAUCGAGGAGGAUUGUAUGCUGGAAUUGGUCUUAGUGCUGCAGGAGUUAUUGUUGCACUUUUAUUUUGUCGAGUACCAGCCGUAGUUAAACCGGAUCCAGAAAAAAAACCAGAUCAGAUUGAUAACAUACCAGUAGCAGCAUCAGACACAGUUAUUGAUGUAGAUAGGACAAAAGAUGGAGGUCAAAAAGAGCAAUUUCCAAUAAUGGUACGUUUAUAA